AUGGCUGAUCCUGAUUUCAAGCCUAUGCAUGUGACCGUCGGUCGUGAACAUUGCCUUGGUAACAAUGGUCUCGGUCGUUUCUGGAUCCUACCUGGAUCGCGUGACCGUGCUAAGCAUAUAGCCGAGAACUAUUUCCGAGAUGUAGAAGUGAUUCCCUCUCCUCGUGGUCAUGAUGGUUACAUUGGCAAGUACGAUGCCCCUGACGGAACUGUUGUCGACAUUGGUGUUAUCUCUACCGGUAUGGGUGCUCCAAGUGUUGACAUCAUCGCCACUGAGAUGAUCAAGCUUGGUGCCAAGGUCCUCGUCAGAGUUGGUACCGCUGGUGCCAUGCAGAAGACUCUCGGAAUCGGUGAUAUCGUUAUCGCUACUGGUGCCAUUCGUGAUGAGGGUACGACAAGGCACUACAUGCCUCUCGAGUUCCCUGCUCUUGGAUCGGCUGCUGUUGUCACUGCUAUGUCCAGCGCUGCGCAGUUGGAGCUGGAGGACGAAGAUGAACAUACUGAGGGUGGUGCCCAGUGGAUCUACGAUGCUGGUCCGGUCCAUACUAAGGAUUCCCUCAUGGCUAGGGAGUUCAAGUUUGGUCCCUAUGGUCCUGAGCACAAACGCUACAUGGAAGUCUUGGAGAAACUGGGGUGUUUGGCCUCUGAGAUGGAAGUAGCCAUGCUCUUCACUUUAGGGCAAGUGUAUGGUGUCAAGACUGGUUGUGUUCUCGCUCUUAUCGGUGGUGGUAGUGAUCCCAUCUCUGAUAAAGCCAACCUCAAGAGUGAGGCUGUUGCUCGUUCAUGCAGGAUUGUAUGCCGAGGUAUGGCUCAAUUGAAGAAGAACAUGGAUAGAUUCGCCAGUAAGGCGUCGUUGCUAGGUCGAACUGAUGAGUAAGUCUGUGACGUUAACGGUACCGAGAGAUCUUGGUGCCUUAUCGUGUACAGCCUCAUAACAAUCCUAUUCGGAUCGUGUCAAAGUUUCUUAUAAUAAUAAUAUUAGUAUGCGGCUGUUAUGUAUUGACUGGUACUGAUUUGUUGGUGUUGAUCCUUUUUAUGCCAAGAACAUCAGUAGCUUCCUCCCCCCAUAUCAUUGCAACGAAGUUAUAUCCUAUGGUUGUUCUGGUUUAUUUUCUAGUCUCCAUCGU